UUAUAUACAGGAAAUCUGUUGUAAAGGAAAAGAAGAUAAAUGGGCAGUUUCUGGGGGGGCAUGGUGGGGUCAAAAUAGGCUCCCCCCACCCCCGCCUUUUCCAUUUUUAAGGAUUGGAGAAAAGAACAGCAUGGAAAAGAUCUCUUUUGAGAAAUAUCCAAAAGAGAAAGAAGGGUUGCUACUGCAAGAGCCAGAGGGAGAGGAAGCCGUGCCACGGCGCUCAGGGAGGACCUGACCGUGAGGAGAACCAACGCUCCCACCUCCUCACAGGAAGCCAGGCCCGGGGGCAGGAGCACACAGAGGUGAAGGGCCUUGCUUAGGGUCACACAGCCGGGAAGUGGCAGAGAUGGAUUUGAAACCUAGACAUUUGCGUCAGCGUCUGCACCUUCCACCAUCCCAUCUAACCGAGUGAAGGAAUGAUUUCUGCUGUCAGACCCCAAGGUGCAGGAUGAUUUGGGGAGUGACCGUGUUGCUCAGCUUGGCCCUGGCCAUUGGUGCUGUUCCUGUGGACGAUCCCGAGGACGGGGGCAAGCACUGGGUGGUGAUCGUCGCAGGUUCCAAUGGCUGGUAUAAUUACAGGCACCAGGCUGAUGCUUGCCACGCCUACCAGAUCGUCCAUCGCAACGGGAUUCCCGAUGAGCAGAUCAUUGUGAUGAUGUAUGAUGACAUCGCCAACUCCGAAGACAAUCCGACCCCGGGUGUCGUGAUCAACAGGCCCAAUGGCUCGGACGUGUACGCGGGGGUCCCCAAGGACUACACCGGCGAGGAUGUCACCCCACAAAAUUUCCUUGCUGUGUUGAGAGGAGAUGCAGAAGCAGUGAAGGGCAACGGAUCUGGAAAAGUCUUGAAGAGCGGCCCCCGGGACCACGUGUUUGUCUACUUCACCGAUCACGGAGCUACUGGAAUACUGGUUUUUCCUAAUGACGAGCUCCAUGUCAAAGACCUGAAUGAAACCAUCCAGUACAUGUACGAUCAUAAAAAGUACCAAAAGAUGGUGUUCUACAUCGAGGCCUGUGAGUCUGGCUCCAUGAUGAAGCACCUGCCCAAAGACAUCAAUGUUUAUGCAACUACUGCCGCCAACCCCAAAGAGUCGUCCUACGCCUGUUACUACGACGAGAAGAGGGCCACGUACCUGGGGGACUGGUACAGCGUCAACUGGAUGGAGGACUCGGACGUGGAGGACUUGACUAAAGAGACCCUCCACAGGCAGUACCAGCUGGUGAAGUCGCACACCAACACCAGCCACGUCAUGCAGUACGGGAACAAGUCCAUCUCCAACAUGAAAGUGAUGCAGUUCCAGGGUGUGAAGCACAAAGCCAGUUCUCCCAUCUCCCUGCCUCCAGUCAAAAACCUUGACCUCACGCCAAGCCCCGAGGUGGUCCUCUCGAUCCUGAAAAGGAAGCUGAUGAGAACCAAUGAUCUGGAGGAGUCCAGGAGGCUUGUCAAAGAGAUCAAUGCACACCUGGAGGCCAGGACUGUCAUUGAGAAGUCGGUGCAGAAGAUCGUCUCCCUGCUCGCGAGGUCUGAUGCUGAGGUGGAGCGGCUCCUGUCUGCACGGGCCAUGCUCACGGCGCACGACUGCUACCAGGCGGCUGUGUCCCACUUCCGCUCACGCUGCUUCAACUGGCACUCCUCCGCGCAAUACGAGCAUGCGCUGAGGCUCCUGUACGUACUGGUCAACCUCUGUGAAGAACCUUACCCAGUUGACAGAAUAAAGAUGUCCAUGGACAAGGUAUGCCUCUCUAACAACUGAAAGAGCACACCCCGGAUGCCUUCCAAGUGUGAACACCCCCGUAGCAUGUGCCCUGCUCAGACUGAAGAACCGGAGCAGGAGGGAAGCUGAGCUGCGGCUCCAGGCCUCCUGGGCUCGCGGGCCAGCCACUCCGGGGCCCUGCCAGGCCUUUUACCAGAUAGCUGCUCACCUCCGCCUUCUCCCCAACCGCAGGUCCUGUGUGAUGCUUGGAAAAAACUCUUUGAGUUUUGGGUGGGCAAAGCUCUGUGUUGAGAAAGGUUUUCAUCUUUGCCGAUUGUGUGUAAUCUUUGCCCAGGACGCUCGCUGGGGCUUCUGUGUCCUGGGAGUCUUUGGUCUGAGGAAUUUGAAACGGAAACCUUUAAGAAUGAUUGUAUCGAGAGGGACGUACGCCCCAGAUGAAAUCUUAUUUUUAGAAAAUAUUAGGAGAUUUGAUUUGAUUGCUUUUGUAUUUAAUUCCACAACAAUGGAUAAGUCUUAGGAAAAUAAAGAUUUAUAACUGAGCCUGAGUAUUAAUUUCUGGCCCCUGACUUGAUAGUUAUGCUCCUCCUCCUCCUGGUAGGGCUUCCCCUCCCCCUUGUUCUGCUAAGGGCCUCUUUGCACUCCUGGGACUUAGCAGCUUCCUGUGCCUUUGCUACUUGCUGCUCUUCUUGUGCUGGUGUGCCUUUCCCUUCCUCUGAUAUCCUCAAGGUGGAAGUUCCUCCUUUUCCUCAGAACUGCAGCUUCCUUUUCUUUCCACCCAUUAUAAGCCCCUACCUCUUACCGUCUGCAUUUUCAUCCCUUCAGCAUGUGUCAGGAUCUGCCCUUAGGGAGCUUCUCCUGGGCUAAGGCUUCCAGCCUUGACGUUGCUUCCCUUGGCCCAGUGCUCCCCACAUAGGGAGGUAUUUGAGAUGUGUUUGGUUAAUUAUGUGCAAGUGACACUAACGAUACUCAGGCCGUGGAAUAUUAUGCAGUGAGAAAAAGGAUGAAACACUGAUAUGUGCUACAAGAUGAAGGCAAGUGAAAAGCCAGUCAGAAAGAGCAUGUCUUCUGAUGCCGUCCAUCAAAUGCCCAGAAUAAGCAAAACUAGAAGCCAAUCUAGGUAUGUGGUGCCUAGGGGUGGGGAAACAGUGAUACCGAUGGUGCGAGGCUGCUCUGUGGUGAUGGUUGUACAACUGAAUAUACUAGAAGAUGUGAAAUUGUGCUUGUUAAAUGGGAGCAUCAUGUGGCUUGUGACUUGUAUGUCAACAAAAUUAUUUUUAAGAAUAAACCACACAACUGUCGAGAGAGAGAGAGAAAGCAAAGAAACAAGUAACACUAGCCCCUGACACGUAGGACAGCCUGCCUUUAUGUAGCGAGGCCUGUCUUGCUCAGCCGUGAUGGACCCUUUACAAUUCACAGUUCUGAACAGGAAGCUGAGAUCCUGGCAGGUGGUGUGAUGCCUGUGGCAAGUUCAAAGUGAUACUUACCUUCCUAAUGGGCUCAUAUUUUUUUAUCAGCACAGAUGACCUGAGUGAGUCAGUUGACUGCAGGAUAAAACAAGCUGUCGUCCUAUAGAUUUGGGGGAGCUGUACGGUUUUAGGUAAUAAGUACGAGCCACUCAAGCAUAGCGCCGGGCACGCCUGCGGGCUGGCUGAGGUGUAGAGAAUGCAAGUACUGAAAAGUGCAGUUUUUAAAGGGAGUAUCUUAAAAGACCUCAGGAUAUUGGUGGUUAAGAACCCCGUACCACUGCUAACUUCCCAUGGUGCCCUGCUUCUCUUUUUUGUCUUUCCUAUAGAACCAAAGUCUACUUAUCUACUUAAUAAAUACAGAAAUGGGAGUGUGGGUGGCUCUAAACGUUGAAAGCAGCCAUGUUUCAUUUCUCAAAUAAAUACGUUUCACAAG